UGCUGCACAAUUGCAUAUUCAUCAGUUAUGAGAACUUUUCUGUUAGAUCAAGAAAACAUCCUCUACCUGAGAAGUUUGGGUAUUCUCAUCACCUGUUUGCUGGAUAAUGUAAGGAUAUUAUAGGGAGAAGUUACCUGUUAAUCAUUUCUGGGAGUUAAAGGGUUAAUGUCCCCUGCUUAUAACCAGUACAGAGAAGAUGUAGGAGAGUAUGGGGCAUGUGGUUUAUCAUCCUUGGCCAAGAAGACUAGAACGUCUAACCAUUUGCAGAUGUUGUAUCAAAGGCAGCACAUUCUCCUAAGUUAUUUAAAGACCCUGAGUGUUGUUGUGGUCUGGGGCUUGAACCCUCAACUACCAACACAGCCAUAACACCUUCAUGAUGUAAAAAGAAAUGACAAGGACACAUCCAAACCAGUCGCUAGAUACUUUAAUCUUCCUGAUCAUUUUGGGCAGCAUAUGGUACUUUGUUGCCUUUCUCUACUUCUUGGCUGUUCAGAGGGCUGCAAAACUCCAGAACAAAAGUUAUCUUUCAAACAGGUACUCUUAAGCCCCACAAUAUCAACAAAUGCUUUUCAUUUAACUAAUUUAUUCUUGUUUUCUCAUCACCAUAUUCCAUUUACAUUAUCAACUCAGUCAAUAAUACAAAAUUACCCUGUUAUACUCUCCCACUGAUGCAGCACCGUAGUUUCUUUAGAAAUUUACCCCCUUUACCUGCACAUCAGUCCAACACUCAACAUGAGCUAGCAGAACAAAAAAUUAAUUACUCUGUUUUAAUUAGUUUUUCAGAAUAUUGUCACUGUUCUUGUAUACGGGAUGCUGUUCUACCCAUUUUUGGUCUGUCUGACAACUGACAACAGACUGGUUGGGUCCUUGCUGGGUUUUCUUUAUGUUACAAUCAGGUGAGCUAGCUAUUACUUUGUUUAUGAAUACCAAUUUAAUCAGACUGUGAGUUUGUUUUUUAAUUAGUAAAUACAGUUCUCAGAACUUUACAAUUGCCAAUACUUAAUUCAAAUAUUACUCUAAUUUGGAAUCAUACUCUUGGCUUUGAAAUAAGUGAUGUUUAUGUUAAUUUUGGACCAUGUUUUGUACACAUGUCCUGGUAAAUAGAGAACACAGCAUGGCUUACAUGUGAAACAAUAAACUAAUUUGGUUCUCUCUGCUUAAUUAACCCUAUCAGCCCUAAGGGUAGUCAGCAUGUAAGUUCUCCCUCCAGUAAUAUUGCUGAAUCAUUCAUUGAGAACAUGAGAAUAACAAAAAGAUUGUCAACUCAAGAUGCUCUGAUUACAAUAUGAAUUCUUCUCAUCAGUACCAAUGAAAAUUUAUAGUGAAGAGUCUAGAGAAUAUGGAUAUUGAUGUUAACCCUCUAACUCCCAUGAGUGACCAAGAGAGAAUUUCUCGUAACAGUGUAGUUUGAUUGUCCGGGUGAGUGUAGUCCUGAGAAGGACUGUUGUCGGUAGUGGUGACUGACGUUUCGACAACCUGAGCAGAAGUCAUCUUCGGAGUCAAGUGAAUAGUUGUUGUCAGUCGAAUGCUCUUAGUCCGGUUUGUAUAACUGAUUGAUCAGUUUUGCCGCGAUGUUCUUGGCUGUAAGACUCAAGUGGCUUAGGUCGGUCGUGAUUGAUCAGUCUCGAUCCGUUAGUAAAGUUAGGUCGUUCUGUUCGGUUCGUUUGUAAUGUUAAUGUCAUGGAUGAGUCGUUUAUAUGGUGCAGAUAGUGGUUGACACCUGUUGAGGGAAGUCUAUUCCAAGUUAGCUUUCCAGAGUCAGUCGUUGAAAGUAGUUGGUGUUGUGGGUUAGGCAUUGCGCAGAGUCCUAGUCAAUAGUGUGGUUCGUAAGUCGCUGUUGUUCAGCAAUGUGACUGUUGACAUCGCCUUUCCUCGUAGCUCGUUUGUGUUCAGUCAGUCUGGUUGUGAGGUUUCUGCCAGUCUCACCGAUGUAGGAGGCGUGCCAGUCGGAGCAGUUGAUCUUAUAAACUGCUCCCUGUCUGUGCCUCGGUUCGUCUGGGUCUUUGACGUUAGUCAGUAACAGACGUGGUGUGGUAAUGUGUUUGUGAGCGACGCGGAUAUUGAAUGGUUGUAGGAUGCGCGAGAUGUUCUCAGAUAUGCCCGUUAUGUGCGGUAUAGUUGUUGUGGUCGUAGGAUUUGCGUUGUCGUUAGGUUCGGUAGUAGUAGUGGUUAAGGUCGGUGAGUGUUUCGUCGGAUGAAGUCUUCGUUAUAGUUGUUCUUAGAAAAAACACGGUCAAGGAACUUGUUCUCAUCAGAUAAUAUCAAAAUAUCUGCGGUACGUAGUUUAGCAGGUAUUUGUUUUCUGCACGUUCUGUAUUUGGUAUUCUUAGUGUGUUAUACAAUUAGGUGUUUCAGUUACGCAAUACGCGUUAAUUGCAUGUCGUAUAUAUAGCUGUUGUCAGUUCGUGAUCUUCCUUCGGGUCUGCUAACGCCACACGCUCACUCCACCGUUCUUUAGCAUGAGCAACUCUGAGGAAGCUAGGGCACGUUCUAAUCGGAACGAUGGAGUUUGAGAUCCUUCUGUCGGUGCUGUUAUACGGUCUGCCGUUUCUGAAUCGAUGGGUUCUUUAACCGAUAACCUCACUAUAGGUUAUUGAAUCUCGGCUUAGCGAUUUCGCGAAGCGAUUUUCCGUGGAGAACAGCUCUUCCGUUGAACAAGCAGCCAAGAGAGCUCGGCGCGAACAAUAUACCUGCAAAAGGAAAGGAAACCAGCAGCAGUUGGAUCAUUCCCUCCGGUGAUGGAUAAACUAGACGAAGCAUCCGACGCUCUCAAGCAGAAAUUGUACGAGAAAGUUAAAGUUGCCCAGGAGUCAGGUACUGAAUUAGUUUCCAGGCGUGUUGAAGCCACUGAUUAAGCUAGUUGACAAGAGCGAAUUUGGAUGGGCGACCGUUAACGAAUAUUUGUCUGACGAACUCACCUCUGACUCCGACGACGAGAAGAGAAUUUACCGGGCCGAGAGAAAAAUCAAUAAAGAGAAGCGUCGUCAUGUCCGUUCUGACGAGAAAGGAAGCGGUUCCUCCGCUGUACACUGCGCGGCUUCUUCGUCGAGAUUCUCGUCUAAGGAUUUGGCUUCUCGUUCGGAAGCUAGACCAGCUCGUCGUUUGGUGCCUUGUUUUUACUUCGUCGAUUAUGGCGUUACACUCAGGCCAUAAUCCAAUAUUCUCCAUGAAUUGCUGUUUUGCAGUAUUUCGUUCUAUAGACUGGGUUAGUGCAGAAUAUCGAAAUAUCUGCGGUACGUAGUUUAGCAGAUAUUUGUUUUCUGCACGUUCUGUAUUUGACAGUCUUAUUGUGUUAGACAAUUAGGUGUUUCAGUUACGCGAUACGCGUUAAUUGCGUGUCGUAUAUAUAGCUGUUGUCAGUUAGUGAUCUUCCUUCGGGUCUGCUAACGCCACACGCUACUCCACUGUUCUUUUAUUUUUAUGCUGUGGAUUUUAUUUUCACGCAAUUGUGUGUUCCCCUUUUUUCAGUGUGGAGGUUUUGGUCAUUUGAGCUUGACAUGCACGAAACCUGCGGACACUUCAGAGAGAAGCGCUCGCCGUGAUUGACUAGAUCGCGGUUUGUUGACCACUGAUGAUAGUGAUGCCCAGCAGGUUGAGUGUGAUUUUUUAGCGACGAGUUUAGUGUUAAAGGCGGUAGCAAUGGCGUCAAAGGUCGCUUGAAGUCCUCGCUUAAUUUCUGGGUUGAAGCAUUAGAUGCUUCAGAUUUUGUGCUUGACAUGAUUAGGCGUGAUUGCAGGUUACCUUUUGCCCAGUAUCCUUCACAGUGCUUUCUAAAGAACGACAGAUCUGCGCUUCAGCAUCAAGAAUUUGUGGCCGAAGCAAUUACCGAGCUACUUAGUAAUGGUUGUAUUGUUGAGCAUGUCGUUCCUCCGUUCUGCAUGAAUCCUUUAACAGUCGCGGAAGGAAAGAAGUUGCGUCUCGUUAUUGAUCUUAGGCGCGUCAACAAUUGUUUAGUUAAACCCAGAUUCAAAUAUGAAGACUUGCGCUCGCUACCCCAAGUUCUGGAUGAAGGACACUAGUUUUUCACCUGGGUUCUUAAGUCCGGCUACCAUCAUGUUGAUAUUUUUCUUGAUCACCAAAAGUAUCUCGGUUUUGCUUGGCCCUUUUCCGGCGUUGUUAGAUAUUUUACCUCUGCAGUUCUUCCUUUCGGCCUCAGUAGUGCCUGCUUUUCAGCUUCUCUAGACGGCACUGUUUUCAGCGGCAUGCGGGAACCCGAGGAUAUCGGCCAAAGUUCUACGUUCCGCGAACUGAAAGCUAUUUAUUUCUUAUUGCUUUCCUACGUUGCUUAAUUGAAACACAAGAGAGUUAAAAUAUUUACUGAUAAUCAGGGCGCCGCCAGAAUUGUUGCUAUCGGAAGCUUCAAAAUUAAUCUCCAGGCUCUGGCCAUGGACAUUUUUAAUCUCUGUCUUGUUAACAGCAUCAUUCUGGAAGCGCAAUGGAUCCCAAGUUCGCUUAAUGAAAGGGCAGAUUUUCUCAGCAGAUUUGUUGACAAAGAUGACUGGUCCGUCAACCCUUCUGUAUUUCGUGUGAUUGACGCCAAAUGGGGCCCUCACACAAUCGAUCGGUUUGCGUCGCAUUACAACGCCCAGGUUCCUAGGUUCAAUUCUAAAUUUUCCUCCCCCGGCUGCAGCGGCGUAGACGCCUUGGCCCAGGAUUGGCGAGACGAGAACAAUUGGGUCUGCCCUCCUGUGAGUGCCAUCGUCCCUUCUGUUAGAGCUCUCUCGUCUUGCUCUGGUUACAGCACUUUGAUCGUCCCACAGUGGCCUUCGGCCUAUUUUUGGCCCUUUUUGCAUGACAGCUCUUCUCAGUUCAAGUCUUAUGUUAAGGUAGUGUUUGAGCUUCCUUGUAUAGAAGACCUCUUGUUGGAAGGUCCCGGCCAGAGGCAAAUUUACAAGGCGCGUCCCUCGAUUUUCAGUGGUUGCCCGAGAUUCAGAAUGUUAGCCUUACGGGUAGAUUUUAGGUGUCAUCCUUGUUUACCAUACAUGUCUCUUUUCUUUCAGCUCUGCUCCUCACCUUGUCGUUGCUGAUCUUUUAGUCUAACCUUGUUGUGUUUUGUCUGAUUUGGCAGUGUCAUUUUGGUCAGUAGUUUGACCUACGUUUGUUUUGCACCUUUUGCCUUAUUUGGCAUCGUCGUUUUGACCGUACGUGUUCUGGGCUAAAUUGUUUUUGCGCCGCGUUUGCUAUUUUAUCGUGUUUUGCCUGAUUUGGUAGUAUCUCUUGGGCCGUUUUGAUGGUUUUUUGUGGCAUCUCAUUUUCUGUUUGCAUUAUGUAUCUCCUUUUUUAUGUUAUUCUACCUUUUAUUUUUUGCUUACUCUUAUUUUAUUUUAUUUCUUGUAGACGUUCUGCAAUUGGGGAUUUGGCUUGACGCAAAUUCUUUGGUCGAUCUAUCUUUGCGUAAGCUUGUUCCAAACCUUCUCCAUUUACGGUUGGAGUCUAGGGCUCCUUGUACCGUACAGAAAUACAGAUCUGGCUGACUGAAGUGGCGUCAAUGGACAGCUCCUAAGACUGGCGUUCAAGUUAUUCCAGCAAAGCCUCUGCAUGUCGCCCUCUUUAUUAGCGAGCUUACUGUAAUUUCAGUUAGCAAUAAUACGGGGAUAUCUUCUACAGAGUCAGUUCUUUACGGCAUUAAGUGGGCUCAUAGUCUGGCCAGGAUUGUAGAAUGCCGUACUAGUCACCCCCUUGUUAAGUCAUCCUUAGAAGGGCGCUAGAAGGAAACUUGCACGUCCAGUUCAGCCCAAAGAGCCUUUAUCCGUCGCUGUUACUCGUUUUCUUUUCAUUCUCAUGGUUGGCUUCGUUGGGUUUUACCGUAUGGGCGAAAUUCGUACUUUGUCUGUUAAAGAUGUCUCUAUUUGCAGUGAAUACGUGUCAGUUUUCAUCCCGAAACGCAAGAAUGAUCAGUAUAGGGAGGGGCAUACAUCCCUCCUAGCAAGGUCUCAUAAGGCUACUUGUCCAGUUUCCACUACCGAGACGUUAAUCAAGCUUUUUCCUUCAUCAACUGAGUCAUCCUCCCCCUCGUCAGACGAAUUGUUAAAUCUAAGUCUAAGGAGUAUUUUCAUGCUACUAAAGGCGUUCAUACACGACGCUUAGAGAGGAAUUUAGGAAAUACGUUAAGCCAUUUGUAGAUGACAUAGCUAGUUACGGCACGCAUAGUAUCAAGUCUGCGCCGCUUCAAAUCCUGCGUGUAGGAGUAUUUCUGCUGAUCUGCUGGACACGCACGCCGGCUGGAAAUGUGCCAUUUCAAAGAAGAGAUACAUUAAGGACACUGUUAACGAUCGCUUAAAAGUUGCUCGAUCUCUUGCUCUUUAGUUUCGGAUUUCGUUUGCUUACGAUAAAUUAUUUAAUUAGCAGUCUCGGCGGGGGACUAAGUCGUACCUGGCCCGCUCCAGAUUUCCUAUCCGUUUUUCACACUGGGUUUGCCCCCCCGGCACGGCUUUCUCUAGUUUAUAUUUUCAGUCUCUCUUUUUGUAGACGUUCUUAGUAUCUGCUUUAAUAAAGUGGCGUUAUGGCGUUACACUCAAGCCAUA